AUGGCGGAAAAUAACCCCGACUGUCCCGACAAUGCAAAGGCCUUUGUACCUCUCGUCGUUAACAGGCAACCACUAUUAGAAAAUAACCCUGAUGUUAUGUCACAUCUAAUCCACCAGCUCGGGCUCCCAUCCACCCUUGGCUUUUCGGAUGUCUUCAGCAUCUCUGACCCUGAGCUCCUGGCCUUCAUCCCUCGCCCCUCACAAGCUCUCCUUCUCGUUUUCCCUGUCACCCAGACCUAUGAAAAAACCCGAGUUGCUGAAGACGCUGAUAUCCAACCAUACGCUUCCUCUGGCCCCCAGGAACCAGUGACAUGGUUCAAACAAACGAUCCGCAAUGCGUGUGGUCUCAUCGGCCUGCUUCAUGCAGUAUGCAAUGGCGCAGCAAAGAAGGAGAUCGCCAAGGGGUCCGAUCUAGACCAGCUAUUGUCUGAAGCCAUCCCGCUAGCUCCCCAGGAGAGAGCGGACCUGCUAUAUUCUAGCUCUGCGUUAGAGAGCGCGCAUGCUGAUGCUGCGAAGAAGGGGGACACGAGUGCUCCUAGUGCUGAAGAGAAGGUUGAUUUGCACUUCGUGUGUUUUGUCAAGGGCGAUGACGGUCGGCUAUAUGAGCUUGACGGGAGGAGGAAGGGGCCCCUGUGUCGAGGAGAACUGGCUGAAGAUGAGGACAUGUUGAGCGAGAAGGCGUUGGAUAAGGGAGUGAGGCGGUUCUUGAAGACAGAGGAAGAAGCAGGGCAGGGUGAUUUGAGAUUCAGCCUUGUUAGUCUCGGGCCAGCGUUAGAUUGA